UUUUCCUCCCCAUCCUUAUAAUAACCAGAGCCAGAGGAGAAGCGAAGGAAGAAGAAAGGAGGGGGGAAAAGCCGAGCCUGUGAGCCCUCGAAGGGGCCAUUUUCGAUUUCAGGAAGCACGAGAGUGGCGACCCGUGACAUCGUUCACUCAAGGAGCGGCUCUCUGAUCUCUCCUUUCUGGAAUCGGAUUUGGCGCUCCUUGAUUCCUCGUCCGUGGAUCCGUUUUGGCUUUCUGAGUCUGCUAUAUAAAGCUUGCCCUAUGCAUGGGAGCAUUGGUUGCCUUGAAAAUCAUAUCAAGCCUAAACUUACAACUACUGUAGCUUAUCGAUCGAAGGCUUCUCGUAAUAUAUUUCGGAAAUCGUAAGCCCGCACGUCAUGGACAACAGUGCCAACCGGUCACAGGGAAGCAAUUCAUCAAUUAGCAAAACCAACCAAAUACAUGGGGACUCUAGUGAAGCUAACGUUUCUACAGCAUUUGUAAAUAAUGGUCUUCUUCUCUGGAAUCAAACUAGGCAGCAUUGGGUGAAGAACAAAAAGCCGUGCAACCGAGAAUUAUUUGUUCGGGAACCCAAAUUAAACACUCAUUGUCUCUGCAUGCCUAAAUCCUUCUGGCUUUGCAGUUGGAAUGCAACAUACGACAGUUUGUUGGGAAGCAACAAGCCGUUCCCACAGCCUGUUCCACUUGCUGAAAUGGUUGAUUUUCUUGUGGACGUAUGGGAACAAGAGGGGUUGUAUGAUUGAGCAACAUUUAUGGAAUGGAAGAUAUUUGAAGGUUAAGUUAGACUUUUUGGAAACCCUCUAAACUGCUGAACUCGAACUAUUACACGAACAGGCUCAAUUGCUACGUUGGCAACUAGAGCCAGCCAAUACCCAAAAUGUAGCUUUCUGCAGUGAUAUGUAAAACAGAACAUUAAUCCAUAUUAGUGUUCAGCUUGUUGCAGUAGGCCUCUUGUGUUCUUUUGGGUAGUGUUUGUUGAGUUCUUGUCUUGUCUGAAACUUGAGUUGCCUCCUUCUGUUUAAAUGGUAAAUUGUGUGUAGAGAGAGACAAGAUGAAUUCAUUGUUUUCAUUCUUCAUCCAUAAUUAGUUUCAUAAAUUCUUUUAUCCUUUUUUCCCUA